GGCCGCCGAGCUCCGGCCGGGCGGGACUGCCUCGUCCUGCGCUUCCCUUCCUUUCCGUUCUCGGGCAGGCAGCGGCGGUGCCGAGAUGCUGCUGGUGCUGUCGGAGGAGCAGAAGGCACACCUGGGUUGUCUUCCGCGGGCGGGCGCAGCUGUCGGCGAUCUGGGGCGCCUGGCAGUGGAGCUGCUGCGGCGGGGCGCGGCGCCGCGGGCCUGCGAGGCAGCCGCUAGAAAACUGAACCUUGGUGUUGACACCAUUCAGCAUGGGGUAGAAGGACUAUCCUAUCUUCUCUCUGAAAGCUCCAAGCUUAUGAUUUCUGAGAUCGACUUCCAAGAUUCCAUUAAUGUUCUGGGAUUCUCCGAUGAACUGAACAAAUCACUGCUCCAGCUGUACCUUGAUCACAGGAAGGAGAUCAGAAAUGUUCUAGGUGAGCUGACACCAAAGCUUCCCAGUUACCACAGCCUCGAAUGGAGACUGGAUGUGCAGCUUGCAAGCAGAAGUUUGAGACAACAGAUUAAGCCUAUGGUGACACUAAAGCUACAUCUUAAUCAGAAUGAAGAUCGAACUGCCCAGGUGUUGCAAACCGACCCUUCUACCCUCCUCCACCUAAUUCAGCAACUGGAACAAGCGUUGGGAGAAAUGAAAACAAACCAUUGCCGGAGAAUAGUGCGCAAUAUGAAGUAGCAUUGAUUCAUGGGGGCUGUGGCCUUGCUAUGCAAGCAGUUCGUGAGACAACUAAAGACAAUGUUCUCAAAUACAUUUUGAGGAAAAAUAAAAUGUCUGGAUCAGAUGAAAUGCUUUCCUGCGCCAGGAUCUCGAGCCGGUAGUUACAGGCUGAAUAUCUGCUAGUGCUGAAUUUGCACACCUGCCUGAUGGGAGAUAGGUGACUGGUCUUGCUUUAUUUGCAAAGGUAGAAAUUCAGCAUGCCAUGCUGAAUUCAGCAUGGCAUGCUGAGAGUUCCUUUAGCUCUAAAUUAGUGUAGUUCUAUGUGAAGAGCUUUCCUACUGAGCUGUCUCAGUAUUGUAUGAAGCUGCACAUUCAUUUUCACAUUCAUCAAGUAGCUUUUUGCUUUGGUUUUGAUUGUUUUGAAAUUUUGUGAAAAAAAAAAUGUCCUGGUGGGAAUGAUACUUUACAGGAGCCUUUCUUCCAUCUGGACUUGUGUAUGUGUAAGUAUAUAUGUGGGACCACUGCCCUCUUCCUCCAAAGGAUCUAGUCAGCUCAGAGGCUGAAUGUCACACUGAUUCUUCUGCUUGUCUUGCAUGAUGAAGGAAAGUAUAGUCAAGGUAACAGUCACGUGUUAACAAAGCUGAGGCUAUGACCUCUACCAGGCAGUCUCACACUUUCUGUAGGGAGCAGUGAUGAUAGAAAACACCAUGGCCUGAACGUAAGUUGACACAUUCAUUGUAUGUAAAGGUGAUCUGAAGAAUCACCAAAGCCAUGGGCUAGGAGGCAGAUGAAGGAUAGUGUUAACUUCUACUGCAUCUGAUCUUCAUGUUGUGAUGCAUCAGUUUUUGUUCCCCUCUCUGGAUGAUGUACUCAUAAAGGAAAGACAAGCUAAGUGUUGCAACAUAAAGCCUUUCUAUUUUUAAGAAAAAUGUCUAACAAGUUAUGUAGAAAGUCCCUGUUUAGUUGCAUUCUAAUACAAUAUUUUGCGACUUUCAGGACUAGGAUUAAUCAGUUUUACUAAUUAAUGUUUUACUGUCACUAGUGAGGGUGCAUCAUAAAGCACUUAAAGCACAUUGGAGAAGACAAAUAGGCAAGAAAGAACACUAACAUACAGAUUCUGGCAGUAACUCCCUGUUUACUGUCUUCCAUAGCAACACCAUAAAUUAUUGUUUUAUUAUCUGUAUCUUACUUUGUUCCUACAUUGACAAGUGCAUUAUUUUCUUAUUGUUUUGAAUUUUUGUACAUUGUAGAGGUACUAUUUCAAAUGAACCCUGCAUGGCAGAAGUGCUUUAGUUAUUAACACUUAAUACCACUUGAAAAAUCAAUGUUUUAGAAUACGUAAUUGCUUAUUCUCCAGUUGCUUUAUAUAGUGUGGCUAUGGUGUGAAGAAACUUCAUUUCUUCUUCCUUAAAUAAAUCAGCAGUAAGUUUAAUUUACCAUCCAUAUGUGAUGACUUUCUUAACAGAAUCAGAGAAUUUUCUUCACAUAGCAUAUGUGGUAACUAAAUGUGAUCCAAUGUUCCUACUUGAAGUUUCUAAUUAGUAUUUUUUAUGGAACGAGACCACAUUUUCAAGUGAAAUACAACAACAGCUUGUAUGUAGGCCAGCAUUUUCUCUUUAUUCCACCUCUUCUUAUUAUAACUGUAGUCUAGAACUCAUGGGAGCAAACUCUAUCCAAAAUAAAGCUGUAUUUAAUAUAA